AGCUACCGUUUUCAUCUAUAGUCUAUGCUUCUAACAAAAAAAAAUAACGACCGAAAACGGAAAAUUCAGAAUAUCUUGUGUCGAUGGAACUCAUUUUUACAUGAAAAUCUUAUUAUGUAUUAACAAGUGUAUUUUUUCUUAACUUAUUACAAAUAUAUAUUAUCUUAGAAAGACGUUGCAGUUGUUAAUUUUGUAUUGCGUCGUGUAAUAUUAUCAGAAUGAAGGAUCCCUUUGUGACCGACUCCGGUAUUGAUUCGCCAGCAAGAGAGAGCCUUAGGAAUAUCGAAGGAUGCUAUAAUAGAAAUUUAUUUAAAGGCAAAUCAUUUGCCAAUUCACGGCGUGCCUUGCAGUCGGGGGCUGAGAAGAUAUCCAGAACGUUCAAGUGUGUAAGAAACACAUUCGGAAAUUUGUCGCAGCACUUUAGGCUUGGUGGUAGACGCAGGCAUCGUUUGACAGAGGUUGGCUCUCCAUGUCGAAUGCCAACUACACCGGUGACCAAAAAAAAACAGAUAUUGGGCAGGAGUCCCACCAAGCUGUAUAGUCCUUUCGGGAUUGAAACUCCCCACAAUCGCGAUUUCAGGAUGAGUCCAUAUAUGCCUGAUACACCAGAACAUGGAGUGUCACCCAAGAGGUGUAAAGGCAUCACUCAUUCCUGGCACAUUUUAGCCAAGAAGCGACCAAGGGCUCUUUUCCAUUGAACAUUAACAAUAGACAGACAAAUGCACAAACCCACCGCUUCAUUGUAAGUUAAUCUAGCUUUUAUACAAUAGUAUUAUUUUAUAAAAAUGGUGCUAUGAUACUUGUAUUACUUGAUCAGUAACCUGUAUUAUGAAACUCAAAAGUAUUUUUUUUAAUUUCUUUUAAUAUAUUUAAACAAUUAUAAUUUGCAUAAAUACUGCAGGAAUACUUAAUUAAAUUACAAAAAAAAAGAAUAUGGAAAUGAAAAAUGUAUGUGAAUAAUUACAUUAUAUGAUCUUGAUUCAAGGAGAGAGAGAAAUGGCUUUGAAAAUGCUUA